CCAAAUCCAAAGGGGACAAAUUCUGCUGCCUAGUCGUCCCCGGAAAAAAACGCUCCGUAUAUAUACCCUUCGUCCAAAUUAACCAGCUUCCGCACCUCUCUGCGACGCUCCCUCCAUCUCUUUCUUCUCACUUUUCGUUCCUCUGAUAUCUGCUCGCACUAGCGAUUCCUUUCGCCCCCAAGAUUCCCAGAAACCGUUUCGAACCCAGAAUUCAGAAAAUUCGAUAGCUUCAAGAAAUCAAUCAACAUGCAAGUGCAACAACGCCUCUGAAAAACCAAAUUCCCAGCUGGUUAUUCGGCUCUCUGGAGUUUUCAAUCAUUUUUAGGAAUUGAGAAUGGAAGUUUUGAUAGUAGAACAAGGGCGGCUGGAGCGGUAUAACGAUAAAGAUAUUAGGGUGCCUAAGAGAAGACGUUCCGAGUUCCUGCAUCAUGGAAAGGGCGGCGACAAAUCAGAAGAGGAUGAAAAGCACAAGGACUUCUCAUCAUUGACUGGAACAGAGUCUAAAAAGAGACGGCUUGCUCCAGAGAAUGGAAAAAGGAUUUCAAAAAAGCGACGCUCCUCAAAAGUGGUAGAAAGUUCUGAAGAUGAGUUUGAUGGGGAAAUUCUGUUUCUUAAGGCACAAGCGCGCAAAAGGGGAGGAGUUGACUGUGAAGUGAUAGGAAGAAGUUCCUUAAAGGAUGAAACAGUAAGAUAUGAGUCAAAGAAUGGAGCUUGCAAUACCUCGUCUUCUUCACCACCGACUUCCCCUGGAUCAUCUUCAAGAUAUAUGAAGCAGGAUAAUGAAGAAGUUAAUUUAAAGUGUCAUCAGUGUAUGAAAGAGGAGAAGAAGACUAUUGUUUCCUGUUCCAAUUGUAAAAAGAACUCCUAUUGCAUCCGCUGUAUCAAGCAAUGGUAUCCUCACAUGAAAGUAAAGGAAGUCAAGGAACUUUGCCCAUUUUGCCGUAAGAAUUGCAACUGUAAUGUAUGCCUGCACUCAACUGGUGUGAUUAAGAUACCAGAGAUGGAUUUAGAUGACUGCAAAAAGGCUCAGCAUCUGGAGCAUUUACUUUCCAACUUGCUUCCAUUUCUAAAGAAAAUUUCCCAAGAACAAAAUCAGGAGAUAGAGAUUGAAGCUAAUCUUCGAGGGCUUUCACCUUCUGCAGUUGAAAUACCACAGACUCUCUGUUUUAACGAUGAGCGUGUCUAUUGCAACCACUGUGCAACUUCGAUCAUUGAUCUACACCGAAGCUGCUCAAAAUGUUCGUAUGAACUUUGUCUAAAUUGCUGCCGAGAAAUUCGCCAGGGAUGUCUUUUUGACCGUGGAGACGUGAAAUUUCUGUAUAGGAGUAGGGGUUAUGAUUACAUCCAUGGUGGAGAUCCGGCACCUGAUUGUUGUCCCUUGAAAGAUUCAGAGGACCAUAUUGAGCCUUUGACUGAGUGGAAGGCAAACGGUGAUGCUACUGUUAGUUGUGCUCCGAAAGAAAUGGGUGGCUGUGGUGACUGCGUGUUGGAUCUCAAGCGCAUCCUUCCGGCUGACUGGAUCUCAAAUUUAGUGGUGAAAGCAAAAUAUUUAUUAGAGACUUUCCAAAAAGAGCGUUCUACAUUCAAGCAUAAUUGUGAAACAAGAAGAGAUAUGUUACGAAAAGCAGCUUCCAGAGAAGGUUCUUGUGACAACUUCUUGUUUUGCCCUGAUUCAAAGGACACUCUGAAAGAAGAAGAGCUUUUGCACUUUAAAGAACAUUGGGUGAAUGGCGAACCAGUUAUUGUUAAAAAUGUGCUCGAACAGGCAAAUGGUCUGAGCUGGGAACCAAUGGUAAUGUGGCGUGCUUUAAGUGAAAAUAUGGAUGCAGCUAGUACACAAUAUUCAGAAGUAAAGACCAUCGAUUGCCUGGCUGGUUGUGAGGUGGAAAUCAACACUCGUCAGUUUUUUCAAGGAUACACCGAAGGGAGAAUGUACAAAAACUUGUGGCCAGAGAUGCUUAAGCUGAAGGAUUGGCCCCCUUCUGAUAAGUUUGAGGAUCUUUUACCGCGUCAUUGUGAUGAAUUUAUCAGUGCCUUGCCAUUUCUAGAGUACACAGAUCCUAGAGCUGGUUUCCUUAACCUUGCUGUUAAGUUGCCGCCAGGUGUCUUGAAACCAGACUUGGGUCCAAAAACAUAUAUUGCUUAUGGUUUUAUGGAAGAGCUUGGAAGAGGAGACUCCGUAACUAAGCUCCAUUGUGACAUGUCUGAUGCGGUGAAUAUUUUGACACAUACCGCUGAAGUGCAGUCAAGUAAUGAGCAGCAGUCUGCAAUUUCUAGGUUGAAAAAGUUACAUAGGGUGCAAGAUGAAAGAGAACUUAUGGAUUGGGAGAAUUCUCACAAGGAUCUUCGGAAAGAUGAACUAGAUGAUCCGUCUUGUUCUUCCUCCAAUGAAGCAACCGAGGAAACGGGUGGUGCUUUGUGGGACAUCUUCCGCAGGGAGGAUGUCCCUAAGUUAGAGGCUUAUCUGAUGAAGCAUUAUACAGAAUUUAGGCACACCUAUUGCUCACUAGUUGAAAAGGUCAUUCAUCCAAUUCAUGACCAAUCUUUUUAUUUAACGUUGGAGCACAAACGGAGGCUGAAGGAGGAAUUUGGUGUCGAACCAUGGACUUUUGUACAAAGACUCGGAGAGGCGGUAUUUAUUCCAGCCGGAUGCCCACACCAAGUCAGGAAUCUCAAGUCCUGCACGAAAGUAGCAGCGGACUUCGUAUCUCCUGAAAAUGUCCAUGAGUGCUCUCCGUUUAACGAGCAAAACAAGUUAAAAUUCUCGAAGCCAUCUGAGAAGAAAGAGCUCAUUUCCCUUGAGCCUCCUUUUGGUUUUGAGCUCCUCGUGCUCGAUCACUGUUUCUCCGGCGAGGGUCUCUCCGAAGAAACAGAUCCAAUUGCGACAGUUGGAUUCGUCGACAUGAUUCUUAACACUGGUAAUGCGAUUGAGGAGUCAGUAGUAGAAUUUGAGGAACAUGCAGGAUUAAGGAGAAUUGGAGAUGAAGGGGUUGUGGAGAAAUGA